AACCGUUUAAAAUAAAAAUAAAGUUAAUUAUAUUGCAAACUGGUCCCUCCCUAAUUCAGUUACCAUGGUUAAAGUAAGUUUUUUUAACCUUUCAGAUUAAUUGACUUGACUGUUCAGUUUCCCUCUCUUUUGAAAACUGAAACAUUCAUAAUUGUUCAUCAUUCUCCAUACUCCUCCCUUCCUCAUUCACUAUACUAAACGUUUCAGAGAAAAAGAGAGAGUUAGCAGAGACGACUAGGGUUCUUUGAGGUCCUGCGGCGGAAAGCACGACGCCGGCGAGAACGACGGUGAUUCUGUGAGAUCGACGACGGGAAGGCGCGGUUUCACCGACCAAGGAGCACCUGCAAGUACCGAGUGAUUUUUAUGAGAAACAUAAAACUGCCUUGGGGGAUCGUGUUGUCAUUAUGGAUCCAGUAGGUGGGGAGUUCUCUUUUAGGUUACUUGCUGGGAACUUAGGGGGCUUGAUUUUUGAAUGUGUUGCUGAAUUUUUAAGGAGAUAUGGCCUGAAAGAAAAUCACUUAUGUGAUUUUUUCUAUUUUGGAAAAAACACAUUUAUUGUGAAGAUUUUGGAUGGUACCCUGAAAGAAAUUAGCUAUGGUGUUGGCACUUCCCUAAGCCAACCUAUAGUAAUUGAUGAUGGUGAUGAGGAGGCUGUGGAUGAUGAGGAUCCAGUGGGAGAUGAUGAGGAUGCUGAAGAAGAUGAGGAGGAUGAUGGAAUUAUGGAAGUUAGUGAAGGAGAGGAAGAAAAUGGUGUGAACAGGGUUCUUCACCCAUUUGAUAAGGUGAUUACUAAAUCAGAUUCAAAAGGAGAUCAGACUUUGUCACUACCCAUGAUGUAUGUUCGGAACCAUGUUAGGCCAAAUUGGCAGCAUGUUGUUCUACAAACCCCGGAGGGUAGAACCUACGCUUGUGAGUUGAAAAGGAGGAAUCCAGGAGAGGAUGAUACUCCUUGCAACAUUGGGAAGGAUUGGAAUAAGUUCGUUAAGGAGAACAAGUUGAAGAGGGGGGACACCGUGCACUUUAGACCAGAUAGCGUUGCUAAUAAUAUGAUUUACGUUAGUAUUAUUCGUAGGAAGCAGCGUUGAAUUUUCGAAGUUCUUGGUUAUGUAACUUUUGGUGGUUUGGUGUGAACUUUGUAAUGCUUAUGAUGAAUUUUGUGGUUGUUUUUGUAUGGAUGAUGUUUGUUUGUUACAGUUUAUGGAUGCUUUUGUAUGGAUGAUGCAAUGUCAUUAUGUUUAAGGUUUCAGUCUAUAACUUUUGUAUGGAUGAUGCAAUGUCAUUAUGUUUAAGGUUUCAAUCUAUUGACUUUAUAUUAGUAGAUUUUGUAGAAAAUUAUCUAUGGCAUCCCAAUCUUUUUGUUCACCACAAAGAAGAAAUAUUUAUGCUGAUGGAAGGUUAUGCAACUGCGGUCUUGUUCCAGUCAUUAGGACAUCAUGGUCCAGUGAUAACUACGGACGAAGAUAUUAUAAGUGUCCUUUGCAGGCAUGUGGGUAUUUUGACUGGAUUGAUGCUCCUGGGCAAGGUGUUGUUGAAACCUCUGUGGCUCCUGUGGUGCAUAAUUUGCAUUCUAAUGCACCGGUUGUGGCACCAAUUGCGGAUAACUUUGAAGGCUUAGAGAGGACACAAGCUUUGAUCGCUGAAUACAAGAGAAGGGAGCAAAUCUAUCUGAUCAUUGUUGUUGUCUCAUUGGUUGUUUCAAUUCUAUUAAUUUUGUAUAAGUGAAUUAAAUGUGGUUAUGUGAAACAGUAAACAUGAGACGUGGUGAGAUUGGUUAGAUUGUUAUGUUUAAGCUAUUGACAUUUGUAGUAUUUUUUGAAGCUUUGGUCCCAUGUGAAGUAAACAUGAGACGUGGUGAGAUUGGUUGGAUUGUUAUGUUUAAGCUAUUGACAUUUGUAGUAUUUUUUGAAGC